UAUAUAUACUAUACUACGUGGUUGUCACUUUGAGAAUCUUGUAGAAGCAUGGAAAAACACAAUUCCUCAAUGCAGCUGGUACCAAUGUCACCGACACGUCGCCAUCGAAGCGGUGCAGAGUACCAAACUUACGGUCAACUAAUGACUGUGCCACCUACCACCACCGCCAUUACACCAUACACUUCUGUUUCAAACUUUAAGCUACCACCUGGUUGGGGUGUUGAAGAAGUACCUCGCUCUGACGGAUAUCGAGUUGACAGGUACUACUAUGAACCUGGGACUGGACUAAAGUACAGAUCAUUGAGAGAAGUCGAACGACGAUUGAAUGGUGAAAUAUUUGCUCCUAGAACCAGGGCAUCGGUAAUGAGAAGCUAUCCUAAGAGUUCUCUAUCUCGGAAGACGUUUAUUUAUGGUGGAAAGUUCAUGAGUAUGGAUGAAUGGGCAAUUGUGCCAUCAACAAGUGCAGCCAACUUUCCCUGUGAACUUCCUGAUGGCUGGGUGAUAGAAGAGGUACCACGUAGAGACGGAAGCAACGUGGAUAAGUUUUACUAUGAACCAGGAACUGGACAAAAAUUUAGAUCCAGAAUAGCAGCACUGAGAUACUUGGCGGAAAUGAGAGAACAUGUUCCUUUGUCUGCUACUCUAGAAGAAUUAAAAGAAAAUAAGCCACUGUCCAAGAUGUUUAAGUUGCAACAUCCUGCAAAGAGAUCUCUUCCAUGUAAGAGAAACAUUGCUCAAGAAACUUCGGACCAAUCCUCAUUUCUUUCUCCACCAGCAAAAGUAAAUUGGGUUCUAUCUAGUCCUAAAGGGGAUGCUUGGAAUCCUUUCAUUGCUGGAACACCAAUUCCUGAUUCGGUAAAACAGCAAUGGACUAAAAGAUUCAUGUUGUUCAUGAAUGAUGAUGAGACCCUGAAUGCAGAAAACUCGGACUAGAAAGGCGUUAAAUGGAGAGUCCAAAAAGAAUGCGGUUGGUAACAGUUGUUUAUGCUCCAAGAAAGCUUGGACUGCUUCUUACCUAGAGAAUUGCAUGCUAUCUUGUACAUACUGACAUUAUGUUACUUUUUUUUCACGUUGCUAUCUAAUCGCUGCACAGAAUCUGUUGUCCUGUUAAUUCUGUGUCUUGUGACAAUUUCGGAUACUUUCUUCUAUGGUGCAUGUCAGUUCAAGCUUUAA